AUGGAUGUCAUCAAGAGGAACACCUCCGUGUACUGCAGCAGGAGUGGGCUGAGUAGUGUACCUCGAGGAACACCCAAAACAACCAGGUUCUUACAUCUCAGUCGGAAUAACUUCCAGACUAUUGGUCCCCACACGUUUCCACCCCUCCCUGUGUUGGAGUAUCUGGACCUGAGUUGGAACAACCUCUACUCCAUCCAGAACCACACCUUCUACAACAUCAACCACCUCAAGAUCCUCUAUCUCAACAACACCCUUCUCCAGACUAUACAAAACGGAGCCUUCGCCGAUCUUCAGAACCUAGAAGUACUGGGAUUGGCCGGGACAAGAGUCUCCGACCUAAGCAACCCUGAUUUCCUCACGGCCAACUUGAAGAACCUACGGUCCCUUUCCUUCGCAAACAGCAGCAUCAAAGGAGAUGAGUUCACGGGACUAGGAAAUCUGAAGACUUUAAAUAUGUCAGGAAAUGAGCUGCCAACCAUCGUAAACGGGUCCUUCUCUACACUAGGAGGCCAGUCUUAUCAGUGUUACAAAAUCCAUGGCAUCAACUCAUUCCCUAAGGACUACUUCAAGGGACUUGUCAACUUGAAGAAGCUUGAUCUUCAACACAACAACUUAAGGAUGAUGCUCUAUUCUGAAGAAACAAGCAAUCCAUUUGAAAACCUGACCAGUUUGAAGACCCUAAACCUUCGACACAACGAGUUCCACAAUAUGAGCCCCGCUCCUUUCAAGAACUUGUCACAUUUGGAGUCACUCGACCUGUCUCAGAACAGACUUAGUGUUAUACCCAUUGCAGUAUACAAGCAAUGGAGAAACCUCCGUAAACUCUUCCUACAGCUAAACCUGCUUCAAAUGGUUACCGAGAAAGGACUGGGCUCGCUGAAGAACCUACAGGACUUAAACCUGGAGUACAACACUCUCAACUGUGCCUGUAACCUUGAGUGGCUGAUCAAAUGGGUCAGUGAAAACCAAACCCAAGUUGUGUUCCACAACCUCGCCAACUACUUCUGCGCCUACCCAAGAUCAGACCGCCGGAUCACCAUUCUGAACUAUGACCUGGAAGCAGAAAAGUGCCACAGCCAGCUGCGAUACUACGCCGCCAUUCUCUCCAGCGUUUUCAUCCUCGUUUACAUGAUGGCCAUUUUUGUGAUGUACCGUAACAGAUACUACAUCGAGUACGGCUGGUACUUACUCAGGUCAAAGGCGAAAGGUCGUCCCAAAGCCCCCCUCGGUAAGCGAAAAAUUUACCACGCCUUCAUUUCCUACAACGGCAGGGAUUCGAAGUGGGUCACAAGACGCCUGGUGCCGAAACUCGAGCAAGAAGAGCCGCGGUUAAAACUAUGCAUACACGAGAGAGACUUUACUG